AUGUCCGGAGAGAUCGAUCAACUCUCACCAUUGCUCUCACCAGCAGCGUUGCAAUUCUGGUACAAGAACAAGGAUUCCUUUGACAGUAGUUUCUAUGAAGCGAGAUACACUGGAUUAGCCUUCUGGGCCUUCAAAUGCCUCGCACAUGUGAUGGGUGUGGAGAAGGCCCGGGCGAUGUCACAUCCGGCGUUCUUGUGGAAUACAUUGGGUGUGCCUGUGAAUCAGUGGAAAAUGAUCUUAGAUGAAGGUACUACAGCGAGGUACUUUUAUGAUACACUUGAUCUGGUCAUGGAGCGUUCGCUGUUCAGGAAUGAUCAGUACUUUUACUACAUGAUUAUUGUCCGCAAGUACACCCGAGAGCCUUGUCCAUCCAACCUCACUGAGGCUAAUGCAGAAGAAGAGACCAGGGAGGUUUGUAGAACAGUGCGCAAGGGAGGUAUGGUUCUGUGGAGGAGUGCUGGACCUAUGCCUUGGUGUAAUGCCAUGUUUGAGAAGCAUGAAUUCACAGUUGAGACAGUUGAUGUCCGUAUCCCUGGCAGUGACGCCUCAGUUGGUCGAACCAAUAGAUAUGCUUCCUGGUACAAGGCCAUCAAACAGUGA